UUUGUUCACUUUGUACGUGAAAUAUUAUUUACAUCAAACACGGUGAACUUUCUGUCCAGAAAAGAAAAAUGAAGACAGGACAUUUUGAAAUGGUCACCAUACUGCUGGCAGCCAUGAUUCUAAUAGACCUCUUCCAGGUGAAGGCUGAGAUGUUAGACAUGGCAGAUAAUGCGUUUGAUGAUGAAUACCUGAAAUGUGCGGACAGGAUGGAAAUCAAAUACGUUCCCCAGCUGCUCAAGGAGGAGAAAGGGAGCCACCAGCUCUUAAACACCGUAUGGGAAAACGCCAGAGCCAAAUGGGAAGCCCGAAAGCCUCAGCUCUUUCUGCCUGUGAAUUUUAAGGAUAACCAUGGGAUAGCCUUGACGGCGUACGUUUCUGAAGCCCAAGAGCAGACUCCCUUUUACCGGCUGUUCAGCGAAGCCGUGAAGACGGCUGGCCAGUCUCGAAAAGAUUACAUCUACGGCUUCCAGUUCAAAGCUUUUCAUUUUUACCUAACAAGAGCCCUGCAGUUUCUGAGAAGGCCUUGUGAGGACAGUUAUAAAAAUGUGGUAUAUAGAACGAGCCAGGACACCUCAUUUACAUUUGGAGGGCUCAACCACGCCAGGUUUGGCCGUUUCACCUUGGCAUAUUCAGCCAAACCUCAAGCUGCUAAUGACCAGCUCACUGUGUUAUCCAUCUACACAUGCUUUGGAGUUGCCAUUGAAAAAUUUUUUGAUGAAGAAAGUGAAAGAAUUACUUUAAUACCUCUGAGUGAGGUUUUUCAAGUGUCACGGGAAGGGGCUGGCAAUAACCUUAUCCUUCGAAGCACAAACAAGACCUGCAGCCAUUACGAGUGUGCAUUUCUGGGUGGGCUCAAAACCGAAAACUGUGUUGAGAACCUCGAAUAUUUUCAACCCAUCUAUGUCUACAAUGCUGGUGAGAAAACCCAGAAGAUUGAAGACCCUGGUAAGACAUUUUCAUAA